AUGAUGCUUGCAAAGGACAAGGGUGUGCAACCACCAACAGUUAGACCUUGUGGUAUUUGUACACAAGUUGGAUAUCCCACUGAUAUGUGCCUAAUGUUACAAGAAGAUGUAGAGCUAGUUCAAGCUAUGGGAUUUUCAAGUCAACAACAAGGAAACUUCCAACCAAGAAGCAAUCCAAAUUUGCAUCAACCUAAUGCCAAUUUUCAGCCAAGACCACCACCUUAUCAACCAAGACCCCCAUUUCAAAAUCAAAUGCAUCACCAACAAAGUUAUCAACUACAUUUCCAGCCAACUCAAACUCCUCAUCAAUCUCAAUUCCAUCCUCAAAACAUGCAUCAAGGAAGUAGUUCAAGCGGAUCGGGAAUGUCUUUGGAAGACAUUGUUAAGAUUUUAGCCACAAGUACUCAAACAUUUCAAAAUGAUACCAAGGCGAGCAUCAAGACUUUGGAGCAACAAAUGACUCAACUCGCCACUUCUAUGAGUAAAUUGGAGUCACAAGGCAAACUACCCAUGCAAACCGAGAAGAAUCCAAAACAUAGUGCAUGUGCCAUCACUUUGAGGAAUGGCAAAGAAUAUGAAGGUCCUAAAAUGAUUGUAGAGGAAGAAGAGAUGGAACUAGAUAAAAAAGAAGAGAAGUCAAAAACACCUUCAAAGCAAGUUCCUAUUGAGGCAAAAGUCACUCCUCCCCUAUUUCCUUCAAGGUUAAGCGAGUCAAAGCGAGAGAAGGAAGACAAUGAAAUUAUGGAGAUGUUCAGGAAGGUUGAGGUAAAUAUUCCUCUUAUUGAUGCCAUCAAACAAGUACCUAGGUAUGCUAAAUUCCUUAAGGAAUUAUGUACAUCCAAGAAAAAGUUGAAAAGGAAUGAAACUGUUAAAGUAAGAGCAAAUGUGUCUGCAGUGUUACAGAAAAGACUACCUCAAAAAUGUAAGGGUCCGGGUGUUUUCACGGUUCCUUGCAAAUUAGGUAAUCUUCAUGUUCCACAGGCUAUGCUAGACCUUGGAGCUUCUAUCAAUGUUUUGCCAUAUUCCAUUUUUAAAACUUUAAAUAUUAGCACAUUGAAGAAGACUGGGGUAAUCAUUCAAUUGGCUAAUAGAUCUUUAGUACAUCCCAAAGGUGUGCUAGAAGAUGUGUUAGUCCAAGUGAAUGAAUUAGUGUUUCCAGCAGAUUUUUAUGUCCUUGACAUGGAUGAUGAUGACUCACCAAAUUUGAGUUCAAUUCUCCUAGGAAGACCCUUUUUGAAAACAGACAGGACAAAAAUUGAUGUUUAUGAUGGUACAUUGUCCAUGGAAUUUGAUGGGGAGUGUUUUGAUUUAUCCAAUCUUGAUGUGUUAGCUCUCAUUUUAGACAGGAAUCUUCAAAAGGAAAGAGUGGAAAAACUUGCCAAUCAAUUUACAAUUGAUAAAGAGAUUAUGGAGGUUGUGUCUUGCAUGGAUGAGAAGAAGAAAAUGAGGUUUGAUGUUCCAAAGCUGAAAAUACCAAUGUCUAAUGAGAAACUUGUACCUUCUAUUGUGCAGGCACCGAAAUUGGAGCUCAAAACUUUAUCCGAGCAUCUCAAGUACGCAUAUCUUGGAGACAAAGAAACUUUGCCAGUGAUCAUCUCCACCAAGUUGUCAACAAAAGAAGAGGAAGAGCUUGUCACCACUUUGAAAGAGUAUAAAGAAGCUAUUGGGUGGACUAUAGUUGACAUCAAAGGGCUAAGUCCUUAA